UACAAUGACCGCACAAUUUUUUGUAAUGUCACAGAUGUAUAGGUCUCUCUGGUUAUUAUUGUGCUCUUAAAAUUGUAACUAUUAAAAGCGGUAACGUAGUGUGCAAACACGUGUAAAACGAUACGUUGUUUCGAGUUAACGUCUAUAAAUUAAAAGAUACGCGUAGAGAACAGCAAUGGGCUGUAAAAAGUAAAGUAGGUGCAGCCUCUAGGGGCGCUAACUUCCACCCACCCUUCCUUUUUUCGGCUGUCAUGCUACCGGAAGUGACAUGUCAAAUGCGGACUAGCUCAUCCAAGCUAGGUAGCCAAAAGAACAACAACAGAGGAUUGGUAUUUGAAUGAACGCCCAAAAGAUACCUUUUCAAAGACAGGAACUUCUCUGUUUGCAAGCUGACCAGCAUUCUGCUCAGCAAAGUCAGCAACGUAAGAGCAAUGGAGAGCAGUAAACCUCCAAAGAUUGGUUCUAUAGUAGAGGUGACCGGGAAGGGUCAGCGUGGCACUGUUGCCUACAUUGGUGCAACCCUUUUUGCCUCAGGAAAAUGGGUGGGUGUCAUACUGGAUGAACCUAAAGGCAAGAAUGAUGGCACCGUGCAGGGGAAACGCUACUUUACCUGUGAGGAAAAUCAUGGAAUAUUUGUCAGACAGUCUCAGAUUCAAGUGGUGGAAGACAUCUCCAAUGUCACCUCACCUGAGGAGACUGGUGCUGCAAGGACACCCAGACACAAAGAUGUCCUAGAGACUCCUAAAACAUCCAAACAGACUCCAAGUGUUAAGAAGUCUUCUACCCGUCGCUCUACCAAGCAGUGGAGCACGCCUCGUCUUGCACCUGCCUCUUCCCUCCCCUCUCUUUUGGUACGACAGUCUGGCCGCCUCAGUUUGUCCGUUAUGGCAUCCCGUGAGAACCUGUCGUCCUCCCUGUCGGAUGUCAGUGAGAUGAGCAUGUCCUCCAAUCAGGGAUCACUGGGAGCGCCUGUGGUGCCACAGCCCAGUGGCUCCCCUGCAGCAGUGGCAGCCUCAGUGCCAGCUACUCCCAGUAAGGUGGAACCUACAAUUUCCAAACAGGAGGAAGAGUCACUCCGAGCUCAGAUCAAAGAUCUGGAAGAGAAGCUGGAGACGCUGAAGAUGAAGCGGACAGAAGACAAGGCCAAACUGAAGGAGCUUGAGAAACACAAGAUCCAACUGGAGCAACUCCAGGAGUGGAAGAUCAAAAUGCAGGAGCAGCAGGGUGAUCUGCAGAAGCAGUUGAAAGAAGCCAAGAAGGAAGCCCGUGAGGCUCAGGAGGCCAAGGAUCGAUACAUGGAAGAGAUGUCGGACACAGCAGAUGCCAUCGAGAUGGCAACACUGGACAAAGAAAUGGCUGAGGAGCGAGCAGAGUCACUGCAAGUGGAGGUGGAAUCCCUCAAAGAAAAAGUUGAGGAGCUGUCAAUGGACCUGGAGAUUCUUCGACACGAGAUUUCAGAAAAAGGUUCAGAUGGAGCUGCUUCAAGUUACCAUGUAAAACAACUGGAGGAGCAAAACAGCAGACUGAAGGAGGCACUAGUCAGGAUGCGAGACUUAUCUACUUCAGAGAAACAGGAACAUGUGAAGCUGCAGAGGCAGAUGGAGAAGAAGAACACUGAGCUGGAGACUCUCAGGACUCUGAAGGAAAAACUACAGGAAGAAUUUGUUCAGGCAGAAGCCACUAUUGAUGAACUGAAAGAACAGGUGGAUGCUGCUCUGGGGUCAGAGGAGAUGGUGGAGACUCUCACAGAAAGAAACCUCGACCUGGAGGAGAAAGUCAGAGAGCUGAGGGAAACGGUUACAGAUUUGGAGGCCAUCAAUGAAAUGAAUGAUGAGCUCCAGGAAAAUGCCAGAGAGACUGAAAUGGAGCUGAGAGAGCAGGUGGACUUGAGUGGUGCUAAGGUUAGAGAGGCCGAGAGGAGAGUGGAAGCUGCUCAGGAAACUGUGGCUGAUUACCAGCAGACCAUCAGCAAAUACAGAGAACUUACUACCAGGCUCCAGGAAGCUAACAGGGAUCUUAUCAGUCAGCAAAAUGCUAAUGCUGAACAUGUCCAGCAACCACCUGCCGAGCUGUUUGACUUCAAGAUCAAGUUUGCAGAAACCAAGGCUUAUGCCAAGGCCAUUGAGAUGGAGCUGAGGAAAAUGGAAGUUGCUCAGGCAAGACGACAGUUGUCCCUCCUGGCCUCCUUCAUGCCAGACUCUUUUCUCCGUCACGGUGGAGAUCAUGACUGUAUUCUGGUUUUGCUUCUCAUCCCCAGACUCAUUUGCAAGGCUGAACUGAUCAGUAAACAAGCCCAGGAGAAAUUUGACUUGAACAGGGACAUUGGGCAGGGGACGGGUUUGAGGGGGCCUCCAGGAGAACAGCGCAGCUUCGCCUCUGGACUCGUGUAUUCCCUCAACCUGCUGCAGUCUAUAUUGCACAAAUAUGAACAAGCUCUGAACACGUGCAGUGUUGAGAUCUUCAAACGGAUGGGCACACUUUACUCUGAAAUGGUCUUUCACGAGCGUUCCCUGGAUUAUUUCAUUGACCUGCUGUUUAAAGACCAGCUGGAUGAGACUAUUCAGGUGGAACCGCUGACUAAAGCGAUCAAGUACUAUCAGCAACUGUACAGCAUCCAUUUGGCAGACCACAAAGAGGACUGCACGGUGCAGUUGGCUGACCACAUCAAGUUUACUCAGAGUGCCAUGGACUGUCUGGGAGUAGAGUCGGCUCGUCUGCGGGCAUUCUUGGCUGCCGGCCAGGAGAGCUCUGAUCUUGCUGUGCUUUUAAAGGACCUUGACACUUCAUGUUCUGACAUCAGACAAUUCUGUAAAAAGAUUCGCCGCCGCAUGCCUGGAACAGAUGUGGUUGGAGUACCUGCCGCUCUCAGUUAUGGCCCACAGGUGUCUGAGACUCUGACAGACUGCAGGCGCCAGUUGACGUGCAUGGUGGCCGUGCUGCAGGAGGUGGCUGCAGCUGGAGCUCAGAUGGCUGCUCCACUGCCAGAACAGGAAGGUCUCAAUGCUCUCAGAAUGGAGGAUAUUGCCUGCAAGGCUGUUGAGAAGGUUUAUGGCUCCCACGGGCAGAGCAGCCCAGAGUGUCUGCGUCAGUCCUGCACGUCAGUCAUUGCCACCAUGAACAAAAUGGCUACAGCUAUGCAAGAAGGAGAAUAUGAUGCUGAAAAACCUCCAAGCAAGACUGCCCCUGUGGACACAAGAGCAGCCACUGUGAGGGCUGAAAUGACAGAUGCUGAGGGUCUAGGAGUUAAAUUAGAAGAUAGAGAAACAGUCAUCAAGGAGCUCAAAAAGUCCCUCAAGAUCAAGGGCGAAGAGCUCAGUGAGGCCAACGUUCGUUUGAGCCUGUUGGAGAAAAAGCUAGACACCUCAACCAAAGAUGCAGAUGAACGGGUGGAGAAGAUUCAGACCAAACUAAAUGACAACCUGGCCCUGCUAAAAAAGAAAGAAAAGGAGUUUGAGGAGACAAUGGAUGCCCUGCAGGCUGACAUUGACCAGCUGGAGGUAGAGAAGGCAGAGCUGAAACAGCGCCUCAAUACUCAAUCAAAGAUGACAAUCGAGGGUCUGAGAGGUGGACCAGCCUCUGGAAUUGCCUCAGUUCAGGGAUCUGGCGGAGGUGUACCUUCAGCCAUAGCUGGGCCGCUGCAGGUGGUAGACUCUCCUCUUCUCAGGCAGCAGGUUGAGGCACAAAGGAUGGGCCUCAAAUACCUCAAGAAUGAAAACAACAGACUUAAGGCUGAGAAGAUGAAAGCUCAGUUAGCAUCCCUGCCUCCCCUAAACCUUCCCAAACUGCCACAAGUGUCCAAAGACAGCUCCAUGCCUCCAGAGGGACUGAAUACAGGCAUUUAUCGCAGGACUGACCAACUGCUUGCGACGCUGCUUAAGCUGAGUGCAGAGUGUAAAGUGGUGGACAUCACUGGAAAAACAGCAGUUAAUGCCAGCGCUCAGCUGCUGGAACAGACGGCUCGGCUGCAGAACCUCAGCGAUGCUUUGGACAAACUGAAGGGAGAAGUUGCUGAACAUGUGGUCUCACAUCAGCGUGGAGCCAAGGCUUCCUCUGAUUUUGCCACUUUCCCAGUGUCCUCCUUUGUUAAGGCCAAAGAGGAGAAACAGGGGAAGACGGUGUUGGUUGGUCGUGUUUCCAUUCCAUGCCAACGUGGGCAGGAGCAAAUCCACCGUCUGGUUUUGUCACAGCAGCAGCUGCAGCAAGUUCACUCCCUCCUCAUGGCAUAAGAUGUCACAAUAUUCAUAGACAUUAAGAACUCAUAUCACAUUAAGACAUCCCUCUUUACGCAUUCCAACUUUGAUUUAACUCUAACAUUCUUUUUUCCCUCAACUUUGCUCUUUACUAUACUCAGUAAAAUAGAUUUUUCUGGACAUGGCACUAAUUAACAGCACAGCCACAUAAAACUUGUUUAAUUAACCUGACCACUGUUUUGUAAAUUUGACUUUUUCUAUACACAAAUUUUGCCUGACAUUUGCAAAUCUGUAAAACUAGUCCUUUUAGCACUCACUUUGUAUCCUUUUGCAUUUGCGGCUAUUAAAGAGAUCACACUUAAACAUUA